UCCCGAGCAGGCAGGCGGUGUGGGCCGGGGAGUCCCCAGCCCGGAUGGGGGACGCUGCCGCACGGUCCAGAAAUGGGCACAGCAAGGAACGGCACCCGGACAUCCCGUUCCCCACCAGCUCUCCCACCCAGUGCAGAAGGACGUCACCUCCAGUGCUGAGGCUGAAGCAGUACAGCAGCAACACCCACCCCCUCUUGGCAGGUUAAUAAUUGACUUGUUAACCCAGGCUAAUAAACCCUGAAAGGCUGAGUAUUAAAGGCCUGCGGCUCUGGGGCUGAGCCUCUCCCUCGCAGCUCCUCUCCGGCAGCCCCAGCCAUGGCCAAAGGGUUCUUCAUCAGCAAGACGCUGGGCAUCGUGGGCAUCGUCCUCGGCGCCGCCGCCGUGGCCACCAUCAUCGCCCUCUCGGUGGUCUACUCGCAGGAGAAGCAGAAGAACAGCAACCUCGCCUCCACCGUGGCCAGCACCACGGCCAGCACCACGGCCAGCGCCAGCCCCAACGGGACGACCAGCGCCAACAGCAGCCCCACGGCUGGGCCAAGACAGCCCUGGGACCUCUUCCGCUUGCCCGAGACCCUGAGCCCCGAGCACUACAGGGUCCACCUGCAGCCGUUCCUGACGCCCGACGCGCAGGGCCUCUACACCUUCAGGGGCAGCAGCACCGUGCAGUUCCGGUGCCAGCAGCCCACGGACCUUAUCCUCAUCCACAGCAAGAAGCUGAACUACACGCUGCAGGGAUCCUUCCUCGCUUCCCUCUCCGGGGUAGGCGAUGCUGUGGUGCCUACCAUCAAGAGCACGUGGACGCAGGUGGACACAGAGUACCUGGUGGUGCAGCUCAACACCCCCCUCCAGCAGGGCAAGCUGUACGAGCUGCACAGCAUCUUCCAGGGUGAGCUGGCAGACGACUUGGCUGGCUUCUACCGCAGCGAAUACGUGGAGGAUGGACAAAGGAAGGUCCUGGCCACAACGCAGAUGCAAGCAGCUGAUGCCCGGAAGGCCUUCCCCUGCUUCGACGAGCCUGCCAUGAAGGCCAAUUUCACCGUGGUGCUGACCCACCCGUCCGACCACGUCGCGCUCUCCAACAUGCCGGUGAAGUCCACUCAGGCUACCAUGGUCAACGGCAUCUCCUGGAACACGACCGAGUUUUACCCCACCUUGAGGAUGUCCACCUACUUGCUCGCCUUCAUAGUCAGCCAGUUCAAGCCGGUGGAGAAGCACAGUGGCACAUUGCUGCAGAUCUGGGGCCGCCCCAAAGCCAUUGCGGCCGGCCAUGGGGAUUACGCCCUCAACGUCACCAAGCCCAUCCUCAGGUUCUUCGAGGGUCACUACAGCACGCCGUACCCCCUGCAAACGCUAGCCCAGGUCGCCCUGCCGGAUUUCAAUGCUGGAGCCAUGGAGAACUGGGGGCUGCUGACGUACCGUGAGAACUCACUGCUCUACGACCCGCUCUUCUCCUCCAUCGGCAACCAGGAGCGGGUGCUGACCGUUAUCGCCCACGAAGUCGCUCACCAGUGGUUUGGGAACCUGGUGACCCUCCGUUGGUGGAACGACCUGUGGCUGAACGAGGGCUUUGCCUCCUACGUGGAGUAUCUCGGUGCAGAUGCGGCCGAGCCCAGCUGGCACAUCAGAGACCUGAUCGUGUCCAACGAGAUGUACCGUGUGAUGGCCAUUGACGCGCUGGCUUCCUCACAUCCGCUCUCCUUCCGCGAAGACGAGGUCAACACCCCGGCUGAAAUCAGCGAGGUCUUUGACUCCAUCGCCUACAGCAAGGGCGCGUCUGUGUUGCGCAUGCUUUCGGAAUUCUUGACGGAGGAUGCGUUCAAGAGAGGAGUGGCGUCAUACCUUCAUGCCUAUGCGUACAACAACACCAUCUACGCAGACCUGUGGGGACACCUGCAAACAGCGGUGCAGCAGAGUAACGUGACUCUCCCCGCCGACAUCGAUACCAUCAUGAACCGCUGGAUCCUGCAGAUGGGCUUCCCGGUGCUGACCCUGAACACCACCACCGGGGACAUCACCCAGAGACACUUCCUGCUGGACCCGGACACCCCUGUGCAGCGCCCCUCCCAGUUCAACUACACCUGGAUAGUUCCUGUUCCCUGGCUGAGUUCUGAUAACCUGACAGAGCGCAUGUACUGGCUGAUGGAACAAAGAGACAUGAAUCCUGACUUCUCCACUGCUGGUGCCUCCCAGAAGUGGGUGCUGCUCAACGCGAAUGUCAAAGGCUAUUACCGGGUGAACUACGACCUGGAAAACUGGAACCGGCUCUUGAAGCAGCUGGCUACCGACCACCAGGUCAUCCCUGUUCUCAACCGUGCUCAGAUGAUCGACGACGCCUUCAACCUGGCUAGAGCAAAGUACAUCAGCGUCGAGCUGGCCCUGAACACUACACUCUACCUGACCAAAGAGAUCGACUACCUCCCCUGGGACGCCGCCGUCAGCAGCCUGGGCUACUUCAAGCUCAUGUUUGAUCGCAGCGAAGUCUACGGGCCCAUGACGAGAUACAUCCAGAAACAGGUCGUCCCUCUGUUCGAUUAUUUCGAGCAAAUUACUGGGAACUGGUCCAAGCUCCCAGAAGGCCUGAUGGCUCAGUACAGUGAGAUUCAAGCCAUCAGCACAGCCUGCUCCUACGGCGUCCCCAGGUGCCAGAAACUUGCCGCAGACUGGUUCGGUAACUGGAGCAGGAACCCCCACAAUAACCCGAUCCCGCCGAACCUGCGCUCGGCCAUCUACUGCAGCGCCAUCAGCACGGGCGGCGAGGAGGCCUGGGACUUCGGCUGGACGAUGUUCCGCAACGCCACCGUGGUGUCGGAGGCAGACAAGCUCCGCGCAGCGCUGGCCUGCAGCCAGGAGCCCUGGAUCCUGCAGAGGUAUCUGCAGUAUACCCUGGAUCCCACCAAGAUUCGCCGGCAAGACGCCACCUCCACCAUCAACAGCAUCGCCCGCAACGUGGCUGGGCAGGGCCUGGCGUGGGACUUCGUGCGUGCCAACUGGAAGACGCUCUUCACCCAGUUCGGUGGAGGCUCCUUUUCCUUCGCAAACCUCAUCCAGUCAGUGACACAGAGAUUCGCAUCGCAGUUUGAGCUCCAACAGCUGCAGCAGUUCAAGGAGGACAACGCCGACGUGGGGUUCGGCUCCGGCACGCGGGCCCUCGAGCAGGCCCUGGAGAAGACCAAGGCCAACAUGAAGUGGGUGGCGGAGAACAAGGAGCGCGUGCUGCAGUGGUUCACGGCAGAGAGCGGGUAGAGGGGCACCGGCGCUGCCCGGACCGCGAUCGCGGGAGGGGUCUGGAUGCCGCACUUCCCAGUCGCUCCGGGCUCCCCCUGGCGGCCACAGUGAGCUCCUGAACGGCUUCUCCUGGUGGUGCCGAACGGCUGAACCCGAGCGAAAGGGCCUUGUUUUGCCGCGCCAGCCGCUGAGGAUGCUUCCUGGCGCUCCCAUGAUGCGCCGCGGCGCAGGGCUGCCCCCGCCAGCGACACUCCUGCCCCAUGUACUCCGCUGCCGCUCGCGACGCUCUGCGAUGCUGUGGCACCGCUCGUCCCCGCGACUUGCCUUGAGGGCCCCCGAAGGGAGAACGGGGGGAAGGGACCCUCCCGCCACACGAGUGCAGAUCCUGCCCCACCCAGGAAGUUGUGUAUGAUUAUGUAUCCCCAGUUUUAUAAAUUAAAAUUAAGUCUCUUGCAA